GGGGUACUUAAUUUUUUUUUUCCUUUUCCUCUUUCAAUAUGAAUAGUCCAUACACUACUCAGUUGCGUUUUAGUCAUGCUUUGUCUAUUGUUCGCGCAAUACCGCCAGAUAGUAUACUACAACCUACUGCAGCAGAUAAACUACAAUUCUAUGGUCUAUACAAGCAAGCAACAGAGGGUGAUAUCAAUAUACCUAGACCUUCUUCACGACAAAUGGUAGAUUAUGCUAAGUGGAAAGCAUGGAGCCGUAUGAAAGGCAUCAGCCCUAUUGAAGCACAAAAACUAUACAUUGACUCUCUCAUUCAACUCUUGGCAGAGCUUCUUCAUCGAUAUCCUCGCCAUGGGCAAUCAGAAUUCUUGAAAAAAGCUUUACAAAGCCUAGAAUAUGAUGACAAAAACGAUAAAGAAAAUGACUUUUUUCAAGAUGCUUAUGAUCCUGCAGAAUUCGAAUUGCAACAGCAUUUUCUCAAUCAAAUUGAGGCUGAUCAACUGUUGAAGGAGAACAUCAUCAACUCACCUCCUGCUUCAUGCAAUUAUUUUAAUAAUGAGUAUCCAAUUACACCUGUGACUUCCCCCGGACAUUCCCAUACUGGGCAAUGGGUACUAGAACAAAAGAAUCGCUUAGACGACAUCACAUCAGAAGCAGACACGAUAGACCGUGAAGUAGCUGCUGUCACAGCUAAUUUACAGUUAUCUUCACCAAGAGAAUCACCUUACCAUACUUUACCUACACCCAGCAGUCAUAACAAAAAGAAACUAGCACUGCCUCAAUCUUCAAAUCCGACACCAAGAAAGAAAUCAUUCAACUCUUCAUCUUCUUCUACUUCAUCCCCUAAAAAAACUGAUCGAGCACUAGAAAAACUACAGACAGAAGUUACUGCUUUAACGGAGCAAAUUGACAGACUUCGACAGAGUAUACAACUAAGAGAAGAAGACAAAUGGAGUGUAUGGCGCAUCAUCAAGAUCCUACUCAAACACUUAAUGGCAAAUUCGGCUAUUUUUUUGAUUGUAUUUUAUGCACUUUGGAAGAGCAAGUCACCUAUAGCUUAUAAACUGAUUGAUUAUUUGCAACCUUUGAUACAAGCAUUAGUUCGUAAUAUUCUACGCAAGGUUGUAUUUUGGAAGAUUACAGUUUAAAUAAAUAAACAAUCUUGUGUUUGUUAUGACAGUAAA